AUUUCUCACAAGCGGGUUGCAGUUUUUUCUAAAAACAAUAUUAUUUUUGAAUACAUUACUUGGCAUCUCUGCUGCUCACAUGAUGAACGUAAACAGUGAAGUUUCUUUACCAUUCAAUUGAUCUUUUUGAAGAAAAAUCGUACAUUCAAAGAAUGUCGGUACAUCCCAUUAAGGAUUCAUCCGUUAAGAUCGUUCUAUCAUUGUCAUUUGUAAAAUUUAUUGCCAAACAGUUUUCCAAUCAUUCUCCGCUACCUGAUUCGAUUCGGUCCAUUUUCGAUAGAAAAUCGACCAAUGUUAAAUCAGAGGGAUUGGUCCAUAGUGAACAAGUAGAAUUUACACGCGAAGAACAAUUAUUUUUAAAACAUAACCAAUUGGAAUAUGGUUUCGAGUUACCAGAUUUACAUUGCAAGAGCAAUUUAUUGAGGGUGGAUCAUGAACAUAUUCAUGCAAUAUCGUUGAAAGAUCUCAAAUGGAUCAACCAAGCCAUGAAUCAAUUGCGAAAUAACGAUCCCAGUAUUCCAUAUUUGCAUGAAAUGUUGCGUGAUUGCAACAUAAUGGCUCCUGAAAAUGAAAUUAUGGAACGAAAUUCAAAACUAGAAGAACGUUGCCAAAAACUACGAGGACAACAAGAGGCUAGGGAAUACAAGGCAAUGACCAGUAAUGUGGAUGGUUUACAAACACAUCAGUUGCAGGAUACCAUCUCUUUUCAAAUCAAACAAAUAAAUCGUCAGCUAAUAGCUGUCGCUCAGUUCAUUUUUUCAGUUGCUGCCGGAUUUGCAUUUGGUUUCAUUGGUAUCGAAUUAAUUGUGGGGCAACUGGACUUAGGUUUUCGGCUGCUACUAGGUAUAAUGAUAGCACUUAUCAUUGCACUAGCUGAAAUAUAUUUCUUGGCGAAAAAAUUAAAUGAAGACUACGAUGUUACGAUGGAAACUCCGAUGUUCACUUCUGGUAAUGAGAGAAAAGUUAUAGAAUCGAUCAAAAUCGCUACUACAAAAGAGAAAUUACACUUGGACUAAAAUGUUUCUUUGUAGUAAAGUCUAAUUUAAACCUGCCUAAUAUGAA